AUGUCGAGAGUAGGAGACUGUAUAGUACGUGCCUGCAGCAGCCUCCACGACAUCCCUGCUGCGUUUUUGUGCGUGGCUAUAUUUAUACUGCAGACAACUGUCAUGGACUACUAUUUAAUAGCAAAUAUUUCUUUGAAUCAUUGGUCCUGGAUAGGACCUGACAUCAUCAGCUUAACACUGCUUGUAGUUUCAAUUGUCAACUCGUAUGUUGCACUGCACGGAACUAAUAACCGCCAGCGCCAUUUUUACAGCCUGGCGUGGAUCUCCUGGUUGUUUAUGAGUAUUUUUGUCUCUGUGAAGACAAUCGUUGUUUUCAACGUUUUCGCCUCACAGCUCGACGAAGAAGACGCGUCAUAUUUUGGCCCAAAUACUUUAAAAACCGCCAUAGCGCUGGGCAGCUGUAUUUUCUUCCUUCUGCUGACCACUCAACAUGAUGCUCCGCUGGGCAGUGAGAGAAGACGGUACAUCGAAGAGCUGACCGGUACAGUGGUCUUUGACAUCUUGGACACCGUAGAUAUUCUGGAGAUUCUUUUCACCCAAAACAAAGUGGACACUUUUUGGGAUGGCCUGAAAGAGUUUAUUUUGGCUGUGGCCACGUUAAAUUUACUCAUCCCAACAGUUCCUCUUUUAACUCUUUGCAAAACUAAUUUUGGGCACGCUGAACUUGACAAAAGGCUCAUUUACUUGCAUAGAUUACUGGUUGUCCUCGCUGUGAAUGUUCCGAAUCUGCUGGUUCGAUUGAUUCUGUGGAACGGGUUUAGUGCGGCCAUUUCUCCCUUUACGCUAAAAAACCUCAUUCUUAUCGCCAUGUCUUUAUAUGAAUUUUACCAACAUAAAAAAGAGAAAUACGAAGAACAUCAACGGGAGGAAAUAGAAAUGAAGAAUACCAAAGAAAAUCAACAUUUUAGCAAUCAGUUAAAUUCUCGUGACAAAGCAAAGAAUACGGAUGAAUGCGAGAGCAGUCAGAGUGAAAAGAGAGGAGACAGUGAAAAUGGCUUUUCUAUUGAGGAUAGAAUUGUUACAGAUAUCUAA